AUUGAUACGAGCUUCUCACGUUCCCCCAGUACUACUCGGGAUUUUCUUGCGGAGCCAAUGCCCAGGGAUAGAUAUUCUAGGGCAAGCCAUACAUCGCGUGUUCGAGAUGUUACAUGGAUUUCGGCCUCUCAGCCAUCCCAAUACCCCGGAACCCAAACCCCUCAGACGCCUCACUGGCAGCACUCCACUCCUAUCAUGCGUCCAGCACCUCAUACAGCACAACCCACACUAUCAGAUACUGAGUACGAGUACAUGACUGUUGGCAUUGACGAUACAGGUGCUGAUGAGGAGAAUGGAUAUGGGUCAUCAGAGGGACAUGAGAGAAAGCCUCAGGGGAAGAAGAAGUUUUACGGCGGGUUUAUGAAUGGGUUGAAAAGUAUACCGAGAGUCAUGUCGAGAGGACGUUUGAAUUCAAAGGAUCAUGCCAAGCCUGCCAAGCAUGGGACCACA